AGAUGGAGCCUUUCCUGUGAGAUAGUGUUGGAUGUAUCAUUAGGCGUCAUUACACACAAAUUAUACAGAGAAGGAGAAAGACAGAUGCUGCUGUUGGCACAUUAUUUUACUCCUCCACCUCCUCUGCAAUCUGCAGCCUGAUGGGGGGAGGCAGGAGGAGGGAGGGGGGAGUUAAUCUAAUACAUGUGUAGUGUGAUUAAAGGAAGAGCUUCAUCGCUGUUGACAUUUCAGAUGAAUGUGAAGCUCAGUGAAAAGGAUAUUAAACACUCUGGAAUCAGGCUGAAGACAGGAGCAGUCGGGUGGAAGAAGAAGGACUUCAGAGUCUAGAUCUGUUACAGGGAGAUCGCCCUCCCCCUCCUCCUCCUCCUCCUCUUCCUACCGUCUCCUCAGCUGCUCCUCUCACCACCUGUUAGUGCAGACUCUGAUGCUCUGAAAUCCACUUGUUUGUGCAGGAAUCUCCUCCGCUCUCACACACAAAGACUCUAUGACGGUACAGAGAGGAAAGAAGCUCAGCAUCUCCAUCCAGGAACACAUGGCCAUAGACGUCUGUCCCGGACCAAUCAGGCCCAUCCGACAGAUCUCCGCCUAUUUUCCCCGCCUCUCGCCCACCUCCCCCACCCCCACAUCUCCAAACCCCGCCCUGUCUCCAAACCCCGGCUCCUCCCCCAUAGCCCUUAGCCCCCCAGCGGCGGCCACAAUGGGUGGGGCUCAGCUCCUGUCCCCCCUGAGGGCCCAUGGCAGGUGGGGUGGAGGCGGGUCGUUGUCCCAGAACAGCAGCAUGGAAACGUCGGUGGAGAUCAACAGCGACGACAGUGACGACAGCACUGCUCUGGGAACGCUGGAGUUUGAGCUGAGAUACGACCAGAACUCCAGUGAGCUGCACUGUACCGUGAUCCGGGCCAAGGGUUUAAAGUCGAUGGACUUCAAUGGAUUAUCUGAUCCCUAUGUCAAACUUCACCUGCUGCCAGGAGCCAGUAAGGCCAACAAACUAAAAACAAAAACAAUCCGAAACUCUCUGAAUCCUGUCUGGAACGAAACGCUCACGUACGUCGGAAUCACGGAAGAAGACAUGAGCAGGAAGACACUCAGGUUGACCGUCUGUGAUGAAGACAAGCUGACUCAUAAUGAGUUAAUUGGAGAAUCCCGGGUUCCUCUGAAACGGGUCAAACUAAACCAGACAAAACACUUCCGCACCUGCUUGGAGCACCCGCCCCCGCUGCCCUCUCCCUCUGCCAUGGGUGAAGCUCUCAGAGGAAUCUCCUGCUACCUGAGAGAGUGGGAAAAAGAGCAGCUGCACAGCUUGGAGGAGAGAGGUCGUCUUCUCCUGUCCCUUCAGUUUGUUCCUCCGGUGGAUCCAGAAGGUUCUGAUGCUGAUGGAGGUGAAGGAAGUCGUGGUGGAGGUCUCUGUGUGGGCGUGAGGCGUUGUGCCCACUUGGCAGCCAUGGAUGUCAAUGGAUUCUCCGACCCCUAUGUCAAAAUAUACCUGAAGCCCGACACGCAGAAGAAAUCGAAGCAUAAAACGUCGGUGAGGAAAAAAACGCUGAACCCAGAGUUUAAUGAGGAGUUUUUCUAUGAGAUCUCGCUGUCAGAGCUGGCUAAAAAAACUCUGGAGGUGACGGUGUGGGACUACGACCUGGGACGCUCCAACGACUUCAUAGGCGGAGUCUGUCUGAGCUGCCGAUCUCAAGGGGACGCCCUCCGUCACUGGAUGGACUGCCUCAAGAACAACGGUCACAGGGUGGAGCGCUGGCACAUCCUGACCAAUGAGCUUCCUCGUACCUUCAGCCAUGAUUAAAUGCCUCACAGCAGCCUCCAGGUGGUCUACAUCAGGGAUCUGGUGUUCCACGGAUCCUCAGAAAACUGGACAGGAAUUUGCUCCGACUCGGAGUACAUGUGAAGAAUCAUUUCAUCAGAUGGUUUGCCGGUUGGUGUGCCUUCAUCACUCAUCAUAUGGACUCGACUCUCAUCACCUCAGCAGAAGACAGGGUCGAUUCAUCAUGACAGGAACUUGUUAACACACAAAACAGUAUCACCAAACUCAGCCUGCAUGUAGUUGUGCUGCAACAAAAACAUGUAAAUUACCUGAUUCUCUUAAAAUCUAAAUAUUGUUUGGUUUUCUGCAGUUUUAAGACAGAAGUUCGAUUCUGUAUGCAGAUCUUUUUUGCAUGAAGCCAAUCGGUGCUGUUAGUGUUUUGUGUUUUCCUUAUCUUGUGAACAAAAUAUAAUCUGAACUAAUCAGGACUUCAGGAGCUCUCCAGUUCAGAUGGAGGUCCGUUUGUCCAGGGCAAGAGGAGUUACUGAGGGAGGUAAUGAGACUCCUGGGAGCUGGUGGGGUUUCAGAUCCUCGUUACCAACCGUGAAGAGAUCAGAGAGCCUCAGAGUUUAUAAAACGUUAAAAACACAGUUAGGGGUCAGAGGGCUGAACAUCUAAAAUCAACCAGUAAAUCAGCAAUAAACAGGAACAAUAAACACAGCUUUCACAAACAAAGCACCGACGUCUUCUUGACCUAGCUGGUUCUGCCAGCUCUGAGUUUGGUUUCGGGGAAGUCCAAAAGGUGAAAUAAAUACACUUGUUUAAAUAACUACAACAAGACACAGUUAAAUGUUUUAAGGAAAACUAAUAAACUCAACAGACAAAAGCAUUCAUUCUUCAUUUGAAAGCUCAAUCUCAUAAUGAAGCGGUUUGAAGUCAAAAUGAUGCACCUCACACGUCAGUUAAUCCCACUUGCUUACACAGGGGCUCCCCAAAACUAAUUAAGAAAGCAUAUUUUGAUUGUUGCGUUUUAUAUAUUUUUUGUUUUCCACAUGAAGGUUUGAGUUGUUAUUUUCAUUAGUUUUGUCCCUUAAGAGGCUCCGUACAUUGGUUUGGCCUGGUUGGAUGACAGUAGAGUUUGUUGUGGAGGUCCGGAGGGUCAGUCAGACACAUAGCUUUCCUCUCCUUCUCAGCACAUCUGGACAAUAAUUCCUAAUGUAUGCAUGCCAUACGUUGUGUUUUGCCCUUGCUCUGCCAUCUUACCUUGCCCUGACUUCUAAAAGCACAACAAGAAAUUUUAGUCUUCAGAAGUAGAGGAAGUAUGUGUUUCUUAAAAGGCUUUACAAAAUAAAAGCAUAAUUUCAAAGCAAAAUGUUACAACAAUAUUUUAGUAAUAGUCAGUUUUGCUGAUUACUCUUGGGGGAUUGUUUGGAGAUUAAAUUAAAAACCAAACUCAAAUUUGAUUAAUUGUACAUAUUUACAAGAAAAUGUACCAGAUUUUUUAGAAUCUCUCUCUGGACCCAGACGAGACUGGUUCUGGUCUGGGUCUGUAUUGGUUGUUCAGGUCUGUGCACCUUGCAGAUGGAGAUCCAGAGCUGGAUGCUAAUUAAGGUCUUCCUUUAGUUCAACUGGUACAGCAGCUCUAAACCUGAUUCAGUUUCAGAUGGCUCUAAAUAGUUCACAUGAUCUGUUCUGGAUCAGCAUCAACAGUUCACAGCAGAUCUGAACAAAUCCAACACGUGGUACAACAACUCCAGAUAAGAUCCAUUUAUUCAAUUUAAAACGGGUUAGUUUUGAAUUUACUGCAGAAGUUCAGAAGUCCUGAUAAAUGCUGACUGAAUGUACUUUGAGUUAUUUAGUUUGAACUUUUAUCUUUUCCAGCAGUGAGAAACUGAAAAAGUUAAAGUAAAAAAAAAUCUACUUAGUUUUUUUUUACAGAGCAGAGGAUCGGACCAGAACUGUAAGAUUUAAAUGCAUAAAAAGAACCAGAAGCUUUCAGAUGUUUUAGAUGAAACUACUGAGUUCUGGUCUCACAAACAGAACUUUGGACUGGUUCUGACUCACGCUGCUGAUUGAAUCGGAUGAGAUUCCCAUCAAGGAGAUCUGAGUGGGAUUGUUCAUCAUGCAGAAGUCAGAAAGAAGCUUCUAGAACAGAACCUGACCCGCUCCAGCCUGCUCCUGGAUUUAAUCUGCUUCCAUCAGUUUUUUCUGCUCUGGACUGAGAGGAACCUGAGCUCCUCCUGGUGAUGAAGAUGAUGUUGUAGUUCUUUCUGGUCGUUGCAUGAUGCAGCCCCUCCCAGCCCAUUUCCCAUCUGACUGAUGAAACUUCCAGGUUGGGGACUGCUGGUUUCCUGUCUUGUUGCUGUUUUUUUGCACGACUGAACGUCUGUUCUGAUGUUUCUAUCUGCUGUUUUUGGAAGAAGCUACAAUAAAUCUGGGUGCAGCUCAGA